UAAGCUUCGUUUGCUGUGGCAGUUUCUUAUCUGCAAAAUAUUAAAUAAUACAUGAGUAAGACGUGAGUGGAAGAAUGUGAAAAAAAAAAUAAACAGACAACCACUAAAACAGAGUUCCAAUUGAUAAAGUUUGUGAAUUUUCACCGUGCAUCGUGUCGCAAAUCAUUCACCGCCAAAAGAAGCCGCGAUGCAAUCCUUAAUAUCCCCAGUUGAUCAUGAAACCAGAAGGAGUUCAUUCCAACGCGUAGAAGAAGACGGGGUAGAUGAGGAUACUCCACUUAUAAAUAGAUUCCCAACUUCACAUCACAGUGAGAGAUAUUUAUCUACCGUCAUCACUGUGGGAUUCCUGCUUGGGAUUCUAUUAGCUGGAUUUAUUAUUGGAGUCUAUUUACUUGUCCUCCAAAGUAAUGCAGAUAAUAUAUUGCCGCCCAUAGAGGAACCGAUUCCACUUCUCAGUCAAGGUCUCGAAGCGUAUCCGCCUUUUGAAGCACAAAAUGUGGUCAUCCUGCAAACUGAUACAAGACAGUGUGUCAACCGCACUGAUUGUAUAGAUUUACUGACGAAUGACUCUCAAGUGGCAAACCAAACCCUUCUAUACAAUUACUUUGUGUCGACUACUGGUCUGGUGUUUGAAGCACUUGGAUGGCAGAAAUCAACUUUGUAUACCGAGCUUUCGCCUCUAGUGGUGGCGUUUAUAGGUAACUUUGAAGUGGUGGCCCCAUCUAAGUUUCAAAUCGCUGCAGCAAAAAGCGUAAUCACAAAUGGAGUGGAUAAACACCGUUUGAGCGAAACAUUUAUUAUUAUCGGGAAAACAAUUAAGUAUCCCCCAAAGAAAUUGUUCGAAACUCUGUCGAAACUACCACAAUGGCGGAUGAAUUAUAAUUAAAUUAAUAAAAAACCUGAUUCCCUACUUAGGAAAGUCAAUUCAAAUGUCAUUGUUAUGGCCAAUCUCAAAAGUUUAUACGGCGUCAUAUUUAUUCACUUGGCUAGGACAAAACGCGAUGAAAGAUUCCUUUUCGUUGCUAUGGUAACGAUGUUUAUAUAAAAUAACAUAACAUUUAGUUAACCUAGUGAAGGAAAACAUCGUGAGGAAACCGGCUUGCCUUACACCCAAAAAGUUGGCAGUGUGUCAGGCACGGGAAUAUACAGAAAUCUGAGGCCUAGACCUAAAAAGGUUGUAGCGCCGAGGUUUUUUAUAUUUAAUAUCUUUGAUUUAAACAAUGUAUUCGUCAUUUUGAGUAUUGUGUUAACGAAUUGUUCUUAACUAUUAUAGAAUUUGUUGUCACUUUCUCAUUGGUAACAUACUGAUAAAGACAAAACAUUCCAGAUACUUGAAGGUAAUGAAAUGAAGAAUUUGGUAUAUAAAUUAUUGAGAUUUGCUAUAUAUCUUUGUAUGUGAUAUUAUGUUAAAUGUUAUAUGACUGUUCGAAGUUUAUAAGGUGGGCUGAAAAGUUCGUAGGCUAACAUAGAUGGCGCUACUAGUUUUCAAUUAAUAUGAUGAUUUUUUGUUAGCCCUAACGUUCAAAAACAUUAUUCGUAAUCAGCGCCAGGAGAAGUUCAAAAACGUCAACAAAAUAAUUUUGGAUAACCUAAAACUGACGUAUGAUAGACCUAAAGAUAUCAAAGGCACGUGUUGGAAGUGCGUAAAGCUUUUUUAAAGUGACUCACAAUCGAUCAAAAUACAAGGAAUUGAUGAUUCUAAGCAGUGUUUGAAGUUGUUCGAUCGUAAUAAAUCCUAGCUGGAAAAAAUGUUGCGCACAAAAUGAUACCUAUUUUGAGGCUAAAGAAAAAUUGUACUAUAAAAAUGGUAUCGAAAUUUUUUAUGACCGCUAUAAUCAUUUUUCAAUCUCUUAUAUGAAUCAAAUUCUAUCAAAAAAAAAGUUAUCUCACGAACUUUUCAGCCCACCUGUUAGACUUCUGUCUUUUUACACUUAUAAGAAAACUAGAAUAUAAUAAAUAUAUACCUAAUAGUAAGAAAAUUAUAAGUAAAAAUUGUCUUGAAUUGUAAUUCUUCUUUGACCACCGAAUAUUAUUACUACUCACCUGUCUCUUUUCAACGCAGUAUAAAUACAAUGCGAUUGAAAGAGACGAAAGAGUAGAUUACCGUUACAUGAUACGUUAGCACUUCCGAAGGACUCGGCGCUUUGCAUAAUAUGUUGUGAUAUUAAUUGUUGCGAAUUCUAUUAAUGUUUCUUUUAUUUUAUGAGUUUUAAAUGAAUUAUCGAAUAUAAUUGUGAUAUUUUCUUAUGUUAAUCCGUGAUUAAUAAAUGCUUAAGUAAUUUAAUUACGCGGCUGUAACUUUGUUGCAUGGAAUAUUCUAUUUCGCAUAUUAUUUUUAUAUGUGCCAAAUAUUUUAUUUUAUUGAUGUUAUAAUAAUCAUAAGGCAUAAUCUCGUUAUAAUAAAUUAAUCAUAUAUUACUUAAUAAACAUAUUUAAGUGUUUUAGAAGUAUAUCACUAAUAUUAAGACCACAGAAUAGAUGAAUAUUGGAGGCUGUAUUUUGGGUCUUUUCAGAGCAGUUAACCUAGGCUUUAGCAUACGAUUCUCGUCCCUGAGGUCGUAGGUUCCGAGCGGUUGUGCGUGAUCGACUUUAAUUCAAUUCAUUCUGAGACCAACGACAAGGAUGAUACCGACAUUUUGACAAUGGCAACAUCAAAUUAUUGUUUAUUAAUAUAUUUGUCUAUUCUGUGUUAAAAGUAAAAACAAUUCGUGUAUUUUCUCGCUCUGGCAAUAAUAGUUGAAAGAAAAUUACAUGAAUAAAUAAGUCUUAGAUUAUAAAAACCUCUAUUCAUAAAAAAAAUAUUGUAGGAAGUACUCUUUUGUCUCUUUCAUUCUUUGACAUUAGUUCUAAGAGUGGCAAUACACUAAUUUCUAUGAAUAAAGGAAAAUAAUAUUUAAUUGAAUGUGUAGUAAAAUAAUUGUAAUGAAAAUCAAUGUCUAUUAAAACUGAUAUCGUAUUCACGUAUACGAAUGCGCUCGUAUACGCUAAGGCCUAUCCACUUGCAGUAAGCACUAUAUAAGAUUAAUGUUGUGUCAAUUGGUGUCUAUUACGUCCGAUUCUGCAUUUUUGAAAUUAUAAUGUAGUAAUGUAUUUAUGGAAAAUAAAUGA